GCGGGCGGUGGUGCGUGGGCCGGACGCCCUCCUCCGCGGCCACUCCUCGGCGAGGAGCCGGGCCCUCCGCGGCCCCCUGCCCCGACCCGGACAGCGGAGUCGCCGCCGCUAUGAAGCCAUGCGAGGAGGAGGAGGAGGAAAUGGGGGCGGCGGCCGGCGGCGGGGACCCCUGGAAGGAGUGCGCGGAGGUGGCGGUGCAGCUGGCGCUCCGCGCCGGACAGAUUAUUAGGAAAGCUCUAACAGAGGAAAAACAAGUGUCCACAAAGACAUCUGCUGCAGAUCUUGUAACAGAAACUGAUCAUUUUGUGGAAAGUUUAAUUAUUUCUGUUCUGAAAGAGAAAUUUCCUUCCCACAGGUUUAUUGCAGAAGAGUCCACUGCUGCUGGUUCAAAAUGUGUCCUCACUGACAGUCCAACCUGGAUUAUUGAUCCUGUUGAUGGAACGUGCAACUUCGUGCACAGAUUUCCGACAGUGGCAGUGAGCAUUGGAUUUGCUGUUAACAAAGAGCUUGAAUUUGGUGUAAUUUACCACUGCACUGAAGAACGAUUAUACACUGGUAGAAGAGGUCAAGGGGCAUUUUGUAAUGACAAAAGGCUUCAGGUAUCAAAAGAGACAGAUAUCUCGAAGGCCUUAAUUUUAACAGAAAUUGGUCCAAAACGUGACCCUGCGACUUUGAAAUUGUUCCUUGGAAACAUUGAGAGAUUGCUCAAGGCCCAAGCACACGGGGUCCGUGUCAUCGGGAGCUCAACCCUGGCCCUGUGCCAUUUGGCGUCCGGUGCUGCAGACGCCUAUUACCAGUUUGGGUUACACUGCUGGGACUUGGCAGCAGCCACUGUCAUUAUUAGAGAGGCAGGUGGCACCGUGAUAGACACUUCAGGGGGACCGCUGGAUCUUAUGUCCUGCCGAGUGAUUGCUGCGGGCACCAGAGAGAUGGCUAUGUUCAUAGCUCAGGAAUUACAAACCAUUCACUACAGACGGGAUGAUGAAAACUAAAUUCUUAGCUAUGGAGUCUACUCUUCUAAACUAUGUUAACUUUUGCAAGAUGGGUGGCUUAAAUGGUACGUGAUUUCAGCAGGAUGCUUUCUGUGGAGAUUGUCUGUGUCAAAUAUUUUUUAUAAAUUUAUUACUAUGUGGAAAGGCAUAGGGAGAUUUUUAAACCUCUAAGAAUCUUGUUUCCUUUUUAAUAUGUAUCUCUUUCAGCAGUAUCUUUUUUAUAAGAUAGCAUAUUUUACUUGUAGUAAAUUAGUCUCAAAAUUAAGUUAUAAUUUCAUAUCUGUGGGGCUGAUAUUUAGUCUUUUGUAACACGCAGCUAAAAAUGGAACUUUAUUUUUACAGAUGCAGAUCUCAGGUAAACGAGCUUUAGGACUGUAGUAAGGACAAGUAGUUGAGAAUGUGUGCCUAUAAUACCCUUGUUCUAUGAUACUUAAGAAUGCAAUAAAAGUGACGUUAUUGUUUCCUAA